AUGACGCCUGAUCUGGCCAACAUUCGCUCAUCAUUUCGCGGUGAUGUUCUGCAUAAUGAUGAGCUGGAUACACAACUAUCGCAUCUAACUGUUGGCAAGACACUCAUGUUUGCUGCACGCGCCCGUUCUGUUCGACACAUUGCGGGAGGCAUUGACCGCCAUCAGUUCAACACAAUUCGUCGUGAUUGGAUGAUGGCCAUCUUUGAUCUGAAUCAUACUAUCAAUACCAAGGUUUGA